AAAGCGUACUGUGGCCACUGCAGUGAGAGGAUAUGGGGACUGGGGCGUCAGGGCUACAAGUGUAUCAACUGCAAGCUACUGGUCCAUAAACGCUGUCACAAGCUCGUCCCACUGACCUGUCAAAGGCAUAUGGAUCCAGUCAUGCCAUCACAGGAGCCGUUGGUAGACGAUGAUAAAAGUGGAGAGGAAGUGGAGCUCCCCCCUGAGGACCCAGAGGAAACAGACGCAAUUCCAGUCCCUUUCUUAGCACACAACCGGAAAGUGGAAAAAGCUGAAGAUGACGCAGAGGAACUGAAGGCAGUGGUGGAUGGUAUCGAUGGGAUUCAGAUCUCUCAGGGUCUUGGGCUGGGUGACUUUGACCUGAUCCGGGUCAUCGGGAGGGGAAGUUACGCUAAGGUGCUGCUGGUUCGACUCAAGAAGAACGAACAGAUUUAUGCCAUGAAGGUGGUGAAGAAAGAAAUGGUGCAUGAUGAUGAGGACAUUGACUGGGUCCAGACAGAGAAACAUGUGUUUGAACAAGCAUCAACCAAUCCGUUCUUAGUGGGACUUCACUCCUGUUUUCAGACAGAGAGCCGGCUGUUUCUUGUGAUCGAGUAUGUGAAUGGAGGAGAUCUCAUGUUCCAUAUGCAGAGGCAGCGAAAGCUUCCAGAGGAACAUGCCAGAUUUUAUGCUGCUGAAAUUUGCAUCGCUCUUAAUUUUCUGCAUGAGAAGGGGAUUAUUUACCGGGAUUUAAAACUGGACAAUGUACUGUUGGACCAGGAUGGCCAUAUCAAACUAACAGACUAUGGCAUGUGCAAGGAGGGAAUCAGACCGGGUGACACCACCAGCACAUUUUGUGGGACACCUAACUACAUUGCUCCUGAGAUCCUGAGGGGAGAGGAUUAUGGGUUCAGUGUAGACUGGUGGGCCCUGGGUGUGCUCAUGUUCGAAAUGAUGGCAGGCCGAUCUCCAUUCGACAUCAUCACUGACAAUCCAGAUAUGAACACAGAGGAAUAUCUCUUUCAGGUCAUUUUGGAGAAGCCGAUACGUAUUCCCAGGUCAUUGUCUGUUAAGGCAGCGAGUGUACUGAAAGGUUUUUUAAACAAGGACCCGAAAGAGAGGCUGGGUUGCCAAGUUCAGACCGGAUUCACAGACAUCAAGUCUCAUACAUUCUUCAGAAGCAUAGACUGGUACCAGGCCCAGCUCCACAGGGGGGCCUGGGUGGGCCUGGCCCACCCUAUCAUGAACUUGGCCCUCCUUGAGAACUACACCUCCACCCAUCCCUCCAACUGUUCGGCCCACCCGGCAGGUCCUAUGGCCCACCUUACAUCUUAG